UCGUUCUCACUGUUAUCGACACACCUGGAUUUGGAGACACAGAGGGCAUUGAUAAAGACAAACGCAUUUCUGAAGCUCUACAGCAGUUGUUCAGAUCUGAGGACGGCAUUCAUGAAAUUCAUGCAGUGUGUCUCGUGCUGAAGGCAACAGAGACUCGACUCCAUGAGAGACAGCGCUAUCUCUUGGAUGAAAUUCUGUCAUUAUUUGGCAAAGAUAUAGGAAAAACACAUCUUGCUGCUCCUCACACACAAGGAAAAACAAAUUCUUCCCAAAAGAAUGAUUAAUUUCAUCACAGAAGCCAUAGUUAAAUAUGUAAAAAAUUAUGAAUAUGUUUGUUUUAUGUUUGACAACUGUCAGAGUGAGUACUUUGAUGAGGAAGACAGAGAGAGUUACAAAGAGUCUUGGGACUAUGGAGUUGAAAGUUUCAGUAAGUUCUUCAAUCAUUUGAAUGAGACAAACCCAAAAAGCUUACACAUGACUGAAGGUGUGCUCAGAGCCAGAAAACAACUGGACGCCAGUGUCGGCAAUUUAAGGGACAGAAUCGAACUGGCAGAACUGAAAAAACAAGAGCUUGAACAAACCAAAACUGCUUUGGAUAAAUGUGAAAAUUACAAAGAAGAGCAGAACAACUUUCAGUAUGAAGUUGAUGAACCCUACAAAGAACCGGUCCCAAUAAAUGCAUCAUGGUGGGAAUGGAGCAAACAGGCGACCCGCUGUGAAGUCUGUGAGGAGAACUGCCACUAUCCAGGAUGCUGGUGGGUCAAAGAUCUCUCAUGGUGUAGUGUGAUGAAAGAGGGAAAGUGUACAGUCUGUACGAGGAGGUGUGACCACACUAAACAUGUGAAAGAUUCUAACAAAUAUGUGAUUAAAACAAGGAAGGUCACAAAAACAAAAUACGAUCUGAAAAAGCAAUAUGAAAAGGAGGUUGGAGAGAAAAAAAGUUUGAUGACCAAACUAGAGGAGGACAUCCAGCAGAUGGAGGCAGAGAAGAUCAGGCUUGUGGAAGAGUGUUAUCAGUGUUUGGAGAAAUUAAUGGAGACGGUGUUAAAAUCUACAUCCAUCUCCUCUUUCAUACAUAUAGACUUCAUGAUUGAGAAAGUGAAGGAAACUGGAAAUCAAGAAAGAGUUCAGAAACUUGAGGAACUUAAAAGGAGAGCAAUUGAGGAGAACAGAGGACUGAUUGAAAGGCUCUGCGCAUAUGCACAACAAAUGAUGAUCUAAAAAAGAAAUAUGAAGAGGAGUUUGGAGGAAAAAAAGUUUGAACAAACCAGAGAAUGAAGUCUAGAAGAGCGGCAGAGAAGAUCAGGCUUGCGGAAGAGUGUUAUCAGUGUUUGGAGAAAUGAAUGGAGACGGCAUUAAAAUCUACAUCCAACUCCUCUUUCAUACAUCUGGACUUGAUUGAGAAAGGAAGGAAACCUGAAAAUGACAAAGAGCUCAGAAACUUGAGGAAUUUAAAUCAAGAGCAAUCGAUGUGAAUAAAGGACUGGUUGAAAGGCUCUGCAAUUCAUCUAUUAGUGAACAGAUAAAUGUGUGCAAAAUAAAAGGACUUUUAUUUUAGAACUUAAAAAAAAACAUCUUGAUGUGGAUAAUAAAAGUAGUAUUGUGUCUGUCCAGCUGUCAUUGGACUAAAAUCAUGUAAUGAUGAAUUGUUUGUUAGGGGUUUCAUCUCUUUAUCAUUUAAUGCAGUGCUUUUAAGAAUAUGGAAAAUGUGUUUCAAAAAUGCUAUUUACAUAUAUAUGAUUUUUGUAUGUUUUUUUUUACUAAUAUAAGAAUGAUUUAGUUAUUUAGCAUGAACCAUAUAUUGUAAAAUGUUCAAAACUGCAUGUAAUUUGUGAUUUGAAAUCAGUGAAAAAAUCCAUAAUUCACAAGUUAUGAAGUAAAAUAUCUAGCUUCCGCCAGACCGCCUUCUGUAUUCAACUAACGAAGAAAGUGUAACGCAUCAUUCAUUACGAGUUUUUAUUUCUUAUGCAUUCCAUUUUUAUUCUUAUGUAUUUGUUUCCUUUUCAUGUAAAGCACUUUGAAUAUGAAGUGUGCUUUAUAAAUAAACUUGCCCUGCCUUGCA